GUUGCUGUUUGGGACGCAGAGUGCGUGGUUGCUAGGUCUCAGCACCGGGUUCGCUGUCACAGUCUGUCCCUUCCCGAAGGCUGGGACAGACUGGGCGCGCGCCCGCGUGUGUGUGUGUGUGUGUGUGUUGUGAGUGUGAGGGGGACUCAGGGCAGAGACGUUCCCUGGCUGCUUUUUUUCCCCGCCUUUUAUCCAAAAGAGGGGGGCAGUUCAGUUCGCACGCUUGCCUUACUGUCGCCCCGUUGGGAGCGGGGUUUGUGUGCGGACUGGGUCGUCUUUUUUUCCUUUUAAACUUGUGAGCUUUUUUUUCUCUUCUUUUUUUGGACUCAGUGCCGUCUGGGCUGGUUUCCUUGAUCCCUGACUAACCGCUUUCUGCCCGUUCUCUUCGCCACCCCCGCCCAGAGUCUCCCCUGCGCCCUCGCCCUUGCCCGGGAGGGUGGGAGCCUUUGUCCCACUCCCUGCCCACUCGCGUCUUCGCAUCCGUAGCCGCACCUGCCUCAAUAUGAAUGGGGUCAACGACCCACCUCUUUUUAUAAAAGAUAUUAAGCCCGGACUGAAAAACUUAAAUGUCGUCUUUAUUGUCCUGGAGAUAGGACGCGUGACCAAAACCAAAGACGGCCAUGAAGUGAGAUCAUGCAAAGUAGCAGAUAAAACGGGCAGCAUCACUAUUUCCGUGUGGGAUGAAAUCGGAGGUCUUAUACAGCCAGGGGAUAUUAUUCGGUUGACCAGAGGGUACGCAUCCAUGUGGAAAGGGUGUUUGACACUGUAUACUGGAAGGGGUGGAGAACUUCAAAAAAUUGGGGAAUUUUGUAUGGUUUAUUCAGAAGUGCCAAAUUUCAGUGAACCCAACCCAGAUUAUCGAGGACAACAGAGCAGAGGGGCACACAAUGAACAGAAGAAUAAUUCCAUGAAUAAUAAUAUGGGUACAGGUACAUUUGGACCAGUGGGAAACGGGGUUCAAACUGGCCCAGAAUCAAGGGGAUGCCAGUUUUCAUAUGCUGGUAGAAGCAAUGGCCGGGGACCUACAAAUCCACAGCUACAAGGAACAGCUAAUAAUCAAACAGUCAUGACCACAAUAAGUAAUGGCAGGGACCCUCGGAGAGCCUUUAAAAGAUGACCUAUGCCAAAUACUCACAUGUAGUUCUUAAACUACGCGCCCUACUUGAACACUUACUGCACUUUUAUUUAUCAUUAACUGUGAAAACUAUGUCCUUUAUCGGUUUCCUUUUAUGUUUUGGGUUUGUUAACAAGAGUGGUUUGUUUUUAUAGCAAAACUGUUAAGCUGCUCAAGUCUCCUGUUGAAGAAUUUGAAGAAUGGGAACACUCUGAAAAGUAGGGGCAUUUAUUUUUAGAGAAAAAAUUCUACAGUUAUCCUCUAAAAUACACGCACCCAUUUCAUGGGUGAGUUACUUAAGACAUCAGCAUUAUAGCCUCUAUGAGUCUAUCUUCCAUAUACAUUUUGUAAUAUUUAAAAUAAGGCUUAGUGGGAGAUGUUCUUUUGUCUUAAAUUCAGGUAUUGCCAACUAAAGCAAUAGCCACCAAAAAACCCCCACAAAAACUCAGUCAAUGAUUACAGCAGGUUUUGAGUGUUUGUGACUCCAGGAAUGAUUGACUUCUUCAUUGAGUGAUUGCCAUUAAGAUUUUCCAAGGACUGAAUCAUUCUAAACUCUUGUUUUAUUACCAAAAGAACAUAUUCUUUAUCAGAAUUAUGGAAUAGAAUGGGAACUGUAUUAUAACAAGUAAUUUUUAUAAGAAAGCUGCAUUUAUUUUAGGGUAGUCCUAUUAAUAUUUGUUGUCAACUUUGUGCAUUUACACUGAAGGGAAAUUUAAAACUGAGGCCUUGAAUAUUUAUUUUUUGAAACUACCAUGUCAAAUAUUAAAGUAUAAUUUGAGGGAGUUAAAAAGUCAAUAAACAUUGAUCUAAUUAUUUUAAAAAAUUGUACAUAAAGAUGAAGGCAAUUCAAAUUGAAUUCAUGUAGAAAUAUGCAGUCUUAAGUUAGAGUGUCCUAGGUACUUGUAGAAACUCAUCCUGGAGUGAAAAUCCUAGGUACUUACCUUAUUUGAAGAGUGUGUAUAUGUGAGUAUUGUCAGAGUUUCUGAAUACAAUUCACAAAGCCUUAUCAGCAAAAGUUAAAUGACUCUCUCUGAGAAGUGAAUACAGCUUUAUUCAGAAAUGUAAAGGUAGAAUUUAUUUAUGUGUUAUAAAUGGUCCCCAGUUCCACUUUUUACUAUAGAGUGGAUAACUGGUAAAUUUUUCCUUGUUAGAAUUCAGUUCUUCAAUAUUAUCUCGAAUAAAACUUGCAUUAAUAUUAACGGACCU